AUGGUUCUCACCGCCACAUUCCUCAUGGCCGUCGUGUUCCUCGCAUCUCCGAUUAUAAUCCAUGCCGCAGAUUCUUCAGACGUAAAGCUCGACGAGGGAUCCACCAAGUGCUCACCUGCUUGCAUCCAAUAUCCGCCGCCUCCUCCUCCUUCAUUUCCUCCACCGCCUCCGCCGUCUACGCCAUCGCCGCCAACACCGUCGUACUGCCCGCCACCUCCGCCUUACGUCUCUCCACCGGGAGAUAUUUACCCCGUUGACCAUGACUUUGGACUUGGAGCAGCGGCUGCUGGAGAAAGCUUCACCACCGUAAAGCUGAUUGUGCUUGGAGUUAUCGGUUUCAUGUUUCUUGGAAUAUGA